AUGGAAGAAUCUGGUGAUGACGAGGCGCCCGAAACCCAAGAGGUUGUCCCAAAGAUUGAAGUGGCCCCCAAAGGAUCUUUUGGAGCCCUGGGCUCACUUGCAGCAUGCUACGAUUCUGACAGUGAAGGCAGCUUCGUUGGAGAAAACGAUGUAGCUGCUAAUGUACAGAGCCAGGGAACGAACAGUCAAGAAGACACUUCCGAAAAAGCUCCAGAGCAGUGCCCCGCCGAACAGGGUGCAAGCGAAUCCACCCCUCUUCGUACUGAACCGAGACAGACUACACCACCUGAAGAUGCUGAUCCUACCAGUUGCCAUGACGAUGGGAGGAGUAAAGAGAGGAUGGGUGUUGGAGAUGGUGGGUGGGAGAAGAGCCGUCGCUCCUCCUGUGGAAGGGACCCCAAGAGACAGAAAAGAGCCCAGGGUGGUAAAAGUAAAAGAUCAGAAAUUGAGACGUCGCGGAAGAAAGCAACAUUGCUUGAGAUGCUAUUAGCACCUGAUAUCCGGAGAGAGCGAAAUAUCAUCCUGCAAUGUGUGAGACAUGUUGUCAAGAAGAACUUCUUUCAGGGCUCAAAGACCUGACCCCAACGUUUCCCCAUGGUCCAGUACCGAUGAUUUAUACCUGGACCUGUAACCUGUAUUAAAAAGGAGAGAAAGAAACAUAUUCUCCAAUGUCUGAGACAUGUUGUCAAGAAGAACUUCUUCUAGGGAUCCAAGACCUGAUCCCAAAGUUGUCCCUUUAGUUCGGUUCUGACCAAGAUAACCAGGACCUGUAUAAGGAGAAAAGGAAACAUUUUCCAAUUUGAAAGACAUGUCGUCAAGAAGAACUUUUUCCAGGGGACCAAAACCCGAUCCCAAAGUUGUCCCCAUGGUUUGGUUCUGACCAAGAUAACCAGGACCUGUGUAAGGAAAAAAGGAAACGUUUUCCAAUUUGAAAGACAUGUCGUCAAGAAGAACUUUUUCCAGGGGACCAAACCUGACCCCAAAGUUUGUUUCUAUAGUUCAGUGCCAAUCUGGACCUGUAAUGUGUAAGGAGAGAAAGAAAGAUCAUUUUCCAAUGUGUAACACUUGUCGUCAAGAAGAAAUUCUUUCAGGGAUCCAAGACCCAAUCCUAAAUUUGACUCCAAAGUUUUGUAACUAUCCACUCUGUAACCUUACGAAACAGUCUUUCUUCAGCACGUUGAACAAACACUUCAGGAAUCAAACGGAUCCUGUCCUUAGGCCUUGUGAAUUAGAAAAUUUAGUACUCGACAGGUGUAGUAAAAAAAAUUGGCUCUUUAGCAUUUUGUUGCGGCAGUGUUCUGACAAGUCUUGCCUCACAAAUUCUUCUUGUGAUUGCAUGUUUGUAUCUUUUGUGAAAACAUUGCAAUCAGACAUUUUUUACAAGAGAACAGUUAAUUGAACAUGCUUUUUCUUUCAAUACUAGAUAUUUUUUCAUGGAGCAUUGCAAAUCUACAAAGUAAUACAAUAUCAAAUCAGCACCCUAAUUGGGUGGUUUCAAGUUCCGUGCUGGUGUACCCUGGAAUGCCAUGUUUAUCUUUAUAUGCAAACAUUGAUGAGCCUUUAACCAAAAACCAACAUAUUCUCCCACUCCAACAGCUCGCGCUCUAGUUUCUCUCAAGAUCUACCAUGUAAUUUGGGAUGUGAUGACAGAAAAUUGUUCAUGAUAUUUUGUAUGUACGAAGAGUUCAGUUUGGAGUCAAUGAUUGAUGUUUUACUUUAUAAAUAUGUCAUUGAUCAAGUAUCAUAACAAUUAUUUCCAUUGUACAUGUAUGCUUGGAAUGCUAAUUAUAUUGUGACACAGUUACAUUUAUCUUCAAAUGCUCAUGUUUACCCAGGUUUCCAAAGGGUAGUUACAUAGGAAUAGUUAGGUCUUUAUAAGGAGAAAUGAUUUUUUAAGAUGUGAAAAUAUAUAUUGUGUAAAACAUAAGUCUCGUACAUACUCCUUAGAAGUACUUUUUAUAGUGGAAGACAGGUUGGAUGUAUCAUAAAGCUGUUCAUAAGUCAUACCUUGGUCACAUUAGCUUUACGGCGAGUCGAAAACAGCCGUUUUAUUCAUUUUUGUCUCACCUGCAUAGCAGAGUGAGACUAUAGGCGCCGCUUUUCCGACGGCGGCGACGGCGACGGCGGCGUCAACACCAAAUCUUAACCUGAGGUUAAGUUUUUGAAAUGACAGCAUAACUUAGAAAGUAUAUGGACCUAGUUCAUGAAACUUGGCCAUAAGAUUAAUCAAGUAUUACUGAACAUACUGCCUGAGUUUCAUGUCACAUGACCAAGGUCAAAGGUCAUUUAGGGUCAAUGAACUUAGACCAUGUUGGGGGAAUCAACAUCAAAAUCUUAACCUAAGGUUAAGUUUUUGAAAUGUCAUCAUAACUUAGAAAAUAUAUGGACCUAGUUCAUGAAACUUAUACAUAAGGUUAAUCAAGUAUCACUGAACAUCCUGCAUGAGUUUCACAUCACAUGACCAAGGUCAAAGGUCAUUUAGGGUCAAUGAACUUUGGCCGAAUUGGGGGUAUCUGUUGAAUUACCAUCAUAACUUUGAAAGUUUAUGGAUCUGAUUCAUGAAACUUGGACAUAAUAGUAAUCAAGUAUUACUGAACAUCCUGUGCAAGUUUCAGGUCAUAUGAUCAAGGUCAAAGGUCAUUUAGGGUCAAUGAACUUUGGCCAAAUUGGGGUAUUUGUUGAAUUACAGCCAUAAAUUUGAAAGUGUGUUGGUCUAGUUCAUAAAACUUGGACAUAAUAGUAAUCAAGUAUCACUGAACAUCCUGUGCGAGUUUCAGGUCACAUGAUCAAGGUCAAAGGUCAUGUAAGGUCAAAGAACUUUGGCCACGUUGGGGGUAUUUGUUGAAUUGCCAUCAUAUCUCUAUAAGUGUAUUGGUCUAGUUCAUAAAACGUGGAAAUAAGAGUAACCAAGUAUCACUGAACAUCUUGUGCGAGUUAUAGUAGUUUUCAAAAUCAGCACUGCUGCUAUAUUGAAUCGCGUGAUGCAGGUGAGACGGCCAGAGGCAUUCCACUUGUUAUUCAAACCACCUUUAUGUAGCUGGUACAAAAAUGUUUAAACGGCUGUUUUCGACGUACGGCCGCCAUAGAGCAAAUGUGACCGAGGUACUACAAAUAACUUUACGCACGAAUGAUGACUUUUUCUUGCGCUAAAUGAUAUCUUUAUGAUUGACUUGGUAUCUAAGAACAUGUUCCAGUUGUGUGAACAACAGCUCUAUGAAACACCCACUGGCUGCGUUAUCAUUAUUAUUGAUUUAAUUAUUUGUAUAUUUUGCCAAACCAAGGUCAAUGUCUAAUAAUGCUGUUCAAAAAUUUAAAGGACAGGUCCACCCCAACGAAAAGUUGCUUAGAAUAAAAAGAAAAAAUGUUACGAGCAUAACACUGAAAAUUUCAUCAAAAUCGGAUGUAAUAUAAGAAAGUUAUGACAUUUCAAAGUUUCACUCAAUUUCACAAAACAGUUAUAUGCACAUCCUGGUCGGUAUGCAAACGAGGAGACUGAUGACGUCAUCCACUCACUAUUUCUUUUGUAGUUUAUUAUAUGAAAUAUUGUAAUUUUCUCCUCAUUGUCGCGUGAAACAGAUAAAUUCCUCCCUGAACGUGUGGAAUUAGCAUUAUUUUAAUGAUGUAUGGUUCAGUCAAGUUGGCCCUUGUCAAAUCUGUAAAAAAUGAAAUUUGUAUAAUUCAAACAAAAAAACAAAAGAAAGAGUGAGUGAGGGACUUCAUCGACUGUCUCAUUUGCAUGUCACUGAGUUGUGCAUAUAACUGUUGUGAAAGACAAGCAAAACUGUAAAGUGUUAUAACUUUCUUAUUUUACAUCCGAUUUUGAUGAAAUUUUCAGCAUUAUGCUAGUUUGAUAUUUCUCUAUUUAUUCAAAUCAAUACUUUUUCUUGGAUGGACUUGACCUUUAAAGGGCAAUCCUACCUUAGUCAUAAAAUGUGUGUGAGAGGGAAAAAAAUAAGACCCAAUAAACAUUUCUACAUUUCUAUGCUUGUUAACAUAAAUAAUAUUGCCUAAAUUGAUCAGAUUACAAACUUGAGCUAUUGGGGUAGAAAUGAUUGGGUGUCUAUGUGAUCUGCUUUAGCAUGUAAGAGAAUCAUAAGUAAUAAAAAGCUUUAUGAGACACCACAUCUCUCUCUCGCUCUUCAUCUUUGAAGCAAAAUAUAUUGAUUUAUUGUUGAAAAGAAAAGUCAACAUAUGAAUAAUCUUGACAUCUUUAUUUAGGCAAAAUUAAUUUGACGGAUUUCAUGUCCAUGCAGAUAUUCAAUUGCAUAAUUCCAUUGAGUAUCCAGUGUUUUAAUGUGCCUUAUGUAAACAAUUUUAUUGCUUGUUAAUGUUUUUCAUUGAUUUCAGAUUUUAUAUCUUGAAACAGUUUGAGUAAUUGAAAAUGAAAUCAAUUCUGCAUCGGAUCACUUUAAGAGCAAGAUCAAUAUUCUUUACAAUCUUUUUCAUGAAUUGUGUACUUUAAAUAUAUAUUUCAGGCGCUAUUUAGCAUUAGUUACAUACAUGCAUCAUGCCAUAUUGUACUACAUUUUGAAAGAAGUAAAUGAAGCAAAAAUAUGA